CGGAGUUCGUCCUUUAUGGCCGUUGGAUUUCCAGUCAUUUUCUGCACAUCCACUCCAACCGGCGCACAUUGGUGAGUUAAAUUGAAUCCACUCAAUCUCGCGUCUGUGGGAGGAGUCCAGCUCAACAGCUGGCUGGAUCGCUUUGAUGCUUUUUGACCCCGCCACACACUGUCUGUGCCCUUAGAAAAAAACAAAUUGUCCCAUUCAAAGAAGAAAAACGGACAAGGAGGACUUAAAACGACCCAAAUAUUUGAUGGACUAUUGCAACUGCAUCGUUGAAUUAACUGACCUUAGUUUUUCGUGAGAAACACCGGAGAUUUGCCUCGUUAAAAGGUGACAAUCAUUGGAUUGUCUUUUGACAGAGGUGUUGCAGCUAGCUGAAGGCGCUCAGACGAGCAAGAAGAAACAAAAGACGGGACACGUCGCGCUUUACUCUCUCCCUUUCCUCGCUCCCAACUUGGGGCCAAAGUCACGAACAAAUCGGCUGAGAUGCAGCUGCCAGUUACCUUGAGUUAAAUGGUAGUUCAUGAGAGGAGAGUGCAAGUUUGGCCAAGGACGAGGAGAAAGAAGAAGACGGAUUCCCGAAGCGGAGGGACAGGACGGGGAGUGGACAUGUCUUUUUGGGCGAUACUACCUGUCAGUCUGCCUGCCUUGACCAUCACUGGAAUUUGGGUUGUGUACGCUAUGGCCUUGUACAACCAGCAUGUCUGCCCUGUGGAUAACUGGCUGUAUAACCAGUCAUGUGAGGAGGAGCUUUAUCUACAGAGUGGACCAACUUUGUGCUGUACUCUGGACAAUGUUCCUCUCAUCAGUAAAUGUGGAACUCUUCCUCCAGAAAGCUGCUUCUUCAGCCUCAUCUGCAGCACUGGAUCCUUCAUGGUAAUAGUGAUAGUCCUCCUGCGUUAUGCCCAUGUGAUAGAGAAGCAUCAGAACUGUGUGUUGAACACAGCAGGCCUUUCCACUGGCUGGAUCUGUGCUGCAGGACUCAUCAUGGUCGGCAACUUCCAGGUGGAUAAUGCUAAGAUCCUCCACUAUGUGGGUGCAGGGGUAGCGUUCCCCACCAGUAUGCUGUUUGUGUGUCUGCAGUCAGCUCUAACCUACAGGCUGGCCAAGACUCAGGGAGAAUACAGCCUGGCUCACCUACGACUGGGCAUGACACUACUGGCCUUCAUCACGUUGGUGCUUAGUGGCGUGUUCUUUGUCCAGGAGAGCUUCGUCCUGCAGCACGCGUCGGCCAUCUUUGAGUGGGUGUUCUGCGUCACCAUCAUGCUCUUCUACGGAACCUUUGCCUUCGAGUUUGCCGGUGUUACAGGAGAUACUGUGAUGGUGCUCGCCAGAGGGGGAGCCCUGGGGCCAAAUGGGAGAGACCACAAAGCAGAGUCCCUAGGAGGUCCCAUCCCGCACCCCCCUGAGAGCAUGUCAAUGCUGUAGUCCCUGGGAGAGAGGCCAGAAAGCUGGCCUGUGCCAUUAUCAAUCUGGGGUAGGUGGACUUUUGAGUAUCCAUCGCUAAUACACCAAAACACCCCCAUUCCAGGGUGUGAAGUGGACUAUGCCAAUGCCACAUAUAAACUCAGCGUUGAUGGAAUGGAUUCUACCAUUUCCACCAGGCCCGGCGGUGUGGACACCAUGGGGGAGAGAUGUGGGUUCGUACUGUUCCCAUGUCCCCAGCCCUGUCCCAGCUUCCAAAGACCCUGCUUGUGUUUGCACAUCACUAAUGAACCAUAAUCUUAUUUUCCUUCAUUCCCUGUUUUCCGGCCAAAGGAGCCUCAUCACUCAUUACAGGAAGUGAUCCUGGGGCCGCUGAGUCUCAGCCUGUUGCUAUCUGAUGACAUCACUGUAAUCUCGACUCAGAUUAAGAGAGGAGGGCAGGCCACCAGAUGGCUAUAUAGAGAGUGAAAGAAAGAGAGAUGGAGUGAGACAUCAUGGGAGUGAGGCUGAGAGAAAAAUAGAGAAACGCAUUAGAGAAGAGAGAGCUGCGUGGGAGAGCUAGGCCUGUGCAAUGUAGAGCCUAAUCCAAUAAACAAAAACUCUUGAAUUGGCCAAAUACACAUUUAUUUUCAGAGACUGUUAGCGAGCAGACAUUGAUGUUUCCCUCGGUGCUAGAGUCCAAACGAGACAAUGAACCUGCCUUCCUUCGUCCUUUAAAACACAACAAUACCAUGAGAGCCAGGCCUCGUCGCACAGCUCCCAAUACGUCACAUGGAAUAUUUGGAAUAUUUCAAAUGGUUAAAAUGACCCCCUUCACAUGUAGCGAAAGACUGAGGACUCACUACCAUGAAUGUGUUGAUGACAUGGAUGCUUCACUGGUGAACAGUAUACUGGUCAAUGAACCGUGGUUUUAAACCGGGGAAUAUCUGGAUACCAGUCUUACCUUAUUUUUCUACUGAUGCUACUUAAACAUUGUGCCUUAUAAAGCUGUACAUUGGAAUGCAGACUUUUGCAGACUGUAAAAAUAUAUAUUUUCCUUAUGAUUAUUCGAGACAAUUGAGUAUAUGAAAAGCCAAACCUCCAAUAGUGUUUUAUACAUAAUAUCCCAAACACUUUUAUUUUCUACAUGUUUCACUGUACGGUUCAGCCAAAACGUAUGGAUGUUGGGAGUGGAGAAGAGGACUGGAAGAACCCAACUGUAAACCAGCUAAUACCAGCCAGAGCUCUGUCUGGGCUGAUCAAGAUAAAUCACAGGAAUCAGAAAAGUUUCAGAGUCUGAAAAACAGAGGACCAGAAUCGAGAAUCUAUUAUCACUGAAACAACUUCUCUGCUCCCGAUUUCACUACUUUUCUUUUUGUCAGGCUGGGGUUCAAUCGGUUUCUGUUUCAGUCAACAACAGUUUUUGUUUUGCAAGGCGACAAUGUAGAGUUGAAUGCUGAAACUAGGCUACAUAACAGUACGCUACCCAGGUUAUCUUCUUGGUUUUUUGCCCCCUGUCCCUUUAGCCUAUCAUGGCAUAGGGGCCUAAAGGGAACAGGAUGGAACUGCUGCUUGCUGCUGGUCUUCUUCCAAAGAAUGUAGACAUAAACCACCCGUAUCCAUUCUCCCGACUAACUGCACUGUGUCAAACCAUCCAGCUGCCUUUCAGAUCUGUGCUAAGAGAUCUUAAAAUGCAAUUAUACGUCUCCACUGUUUCAAUGCUGCCUUAUUAGCUUCAGUGUCUGUGGAUUGCAGAAAGACAUGUAGAGCAUAUAGUUCCAUUCACAAGUGUUUCACAUUCACCUCAGUCAUCACAACGGCUUGAAAGUGAAUCUGAGCAAAUUGGACUGAAUGGAGUCACUGCCCAAUGAAGUUAAUCUAAUAGAAACCCAGUAGUAGACAAUGGCGUUUGAAGAGGGAAAAAGUGGUCCAUUAGCCCCUCCUAGUGGAGACACAGAUUACUGCACAGAGCUCUAUGCUGUUCUAUAGACCCCUUUCUGUGUUUGCAAACAUUACCUCAUGAAGGAGAUACACACAAGUUGGUGGCAGAACACAGGGGUGUUCUUAUAGAAAGCCAGCAAAAAAAAGCCUCUAUUGACAUGUUGCUUUUGAGUGCAUUUCACACUACUUUUGGAUUAUAAUUGGAUUUAAGGCGUGUAUGAAUGUCCUGCUUAAUAUAAUGUUUG